AUGGCAGACGCGACUGUUGUAUUCGAGCAAGUGCGAUCCACCAUACGAGACCACGGCGACAAAAUACAGGAAAUCAUGUACGGUGUAUGGACGGGGGCUGAGCCAGAAACCGACUCACCGUCCAAUGAAACUGCAGCUAUAGACAAUACAGAAAUAGCCUCCAGUGAAAACACAGAGAAUGCUGCGACGAGCACGACAGUUAAAGACGAGAACAAACCUGGGUAUAUACUACGAAACGGUACCGACACGUCUGUAACGGAUGUGAUUCAGUGCGUGUGCCAACUGAAUGUCAACGAAGGCUGUAUGCUGCAGUGCUCGGGAUGUCUGGUCUGGUUACAUGACACAUGUGUGCAGCUUACGCCUGAGCAGGCAGCGGACGACUCCUUCGACUUUGUUUGCGCCGAGUGCCUUCAGGUGUCGCCCAGCGAGUUUCUGGUGGUUCCCAAUGAGUACACCGACGACGAUGAAGAACGCCACAACACCUACUACCGAUAUCUAGUUCGCGAUGGCACCCAUUACCGGCAGGGGCUGUGUGUGUAUGUGCCUGUAAACACGCACAAACGGAGCAGCAGCCGUACGGCACACCAGAACAUUAUACGCAUAGCUCAGAUCUGGACCACUCCCGAUGGUCAGGCGUAUGUAUCUGGCUCGCGCCACUACCGCCCCUGGGAAACACGGCACAAAAUCAACCACCGCUUUGGCAAACAGGAAGUGGUCAAAUCAAACACCACCAUUGUGGCCAAGGUGGAUGAUCUCCUUGGUUGCUGUGCGGUUAUGAGUACCAAGGACUACAUAGAAGGCAAAGUAUAUGACAUUGCUGAACGAGACACAUACUAUGUUGAAUGGCGAUACGACCCCGAUUACGCGCAGUGGAAGAAGAUCCGCAAGCACGACUUCGCCGAGCACCACACGGACCUGUGUAAUUACGUGUACAGGGCUACCCCCGCCGAUACGACUCGAUACAUACUGAACGGAAGCGAGUUUGUCGAACCUCCCGCUUCAACAAAAUCAAAGGGCAAAUCUAGCCCAAAUCGAGGGAAUGGGGACAAGGCAAAUGAUGCCUUACGACCUAAAAAGGGCCCAGCAAAAGUCAGCAAUGCUAAUGUUAACACACAUACAUCGAAGAGAGGCGCUUCACGGGAGGGGAGGAGUGGCUCAAGUGUACCAGAGACUGGCACGGCACCCGAUACGACAACUAACGAGGGGGUUAUGGCAAAUAAGAUUGUCGGUUGUACGACAGCUGUUGGAUAUACGACGGCAGAGAGAGGCGCAGCGCAUAUGUCGCACGACGAUAAGAAAGAGGCAAUGGAGAGUAUUCUGGACAGCCUUGCCUUAGAGGUGGACGAGGAUAUUCGCAAGGUUUCAGUAGAUGUAUCAUUCCUGCUCGUUGGAAGCCGCCGGCGUUGUGGCAACCGCAGCUGACCAUUCAGUCCAAAUUGUCCCACAAAUUUAACUGGGAGAGAGUUCUGAGAGACUUUUAGUGAUAUCUUCCACAUUAACCGCUGAGUAGUAUAUCGAAUGAACGAAUGAACAAAAGUCUAGAAGCUGUACACCUGAAGUAAAUAAAGUCUUCCACUAUCAC